CCCAUUCUCUCUCUCUCUCUCUCUCUCUCUCUCUCUCAAAACUCAUCUGUGCAGCACCAUGCCCGGAAUUCUCUCCCUCUGAUCUCCCUUCACAAACCCUAAACCUAGAUAUCUGAUUUCGCCGUACGUCUCAAACCUUUCUUCGAGGAUUCCUAUGUUAAUUGAUUCUCCUAGAAAAAAUCUAAUCUCUGUACCAAAGAUUCAAUUUUCUUCUCAUGAUUCAUUUAAUAAGAGGAUCUUCGCUAUUUCUGACUCACAAAAUUGGGUAGACAUAACCCAAAAAAAUUGCAUGUUCAAAUCAGGGAUUUGAAUACAUCACUUGAUUUUUGGGGCGGUAAUUUGGAAUAAUGUCUAAUUUGUAUGGAGAUUUUAACCAGAAGAUUGAUUACGUAUUCAAGGUGGUAUUGAUUGGAGACUCGGCGGUUGGGAAAUCGCAGCUUUUGGCGCGGUUCGCCAGGAAUGAAUUCAGUUUGGAUUCGAAAGCCACGAUUGGGGUGGAAUUCCAGACUAAAACACUUAAUAUUGAUCACAAGACGGUGAAGGCCCAGAUUUGGGACACUGCUGGCCAAGAGAGGUACAGAGCGGUGACAAGUGCAUACUACCGCGGAGCAGUUGGUGCAAUGUUAGUCUACGACAUGACAAAGCGCCAGUCGUUUGAUCACAUGGCAAGGUGGCUAGAGGAACUAAGGGGGCAUGCCGACAAGAACAUCGUCAUCAUGCUUAUUGGUAACAAGUGCGAUUUAGGGAGCCUUAGAGCGGUGCCAACUGAAGAUGCACAAGAAUUCGCUGAGAGAGAGAAUCUAUGCUUCAUGGAGACAUCAGCUCUCGAGUCCACCAACGUUGAGAGCGCGUUUUUGACUGUCUUGACGGAAAUUUACCGCAUCAUAAGCAAGAAAUCCCUCAUUGCCAACGACGGAUCGGACUUCGGGAAGACCUCGUCGCUCAAGGGAACCAGGAUUGUGGUUCCUGGCCAAGAUUCUGGUGGGAAAAGUGGUGGUUGUUGCUUCUCAUCCUAAUCCAUUUUUUUUUUCUUUUUUCGCCUUUCGCAUUGUUUUGUUCGUUAUUUAUUUAUUUAUUAUUCCCACUUGAAAUGUGGUGUUCAUUUAGGAAACAUUUGAUUUUGAAGAAAGAGUGAUAUUGUAGAAAGAGAGUGGAUGAAAUGUGCACUGGUAUUUUUACUUGUUCAUUGGCAUAUUAUCAAGUAAAGAGAUUACUUGAAUUUCGAUGAAUGAAACCUACCAAUUACCAGUCUG